UUUAAUCGACAUAAGAAAGAGAAAGUAAAGAAAGAGAAAUGGAAUCAACAACAAAAGCAAAGAAGGGUGCCGGAGGUAGGAAGGCCGGCGGUCCAAAGGCGAAAUCAGUAACCCGGUCUGUGAAAGCCGGUUUGCAAUUCCCCGUCGGUCGUAUCGGCCGUUUCCUAAAGAAAGGUCGAUAUUCUCAGCGUAUCGGUAGCGGAGCUCCGGUUUACUUGGCUGCUGUUCUUGAAUACCUAGCCGCCGAAGUGUUGGAAUUGGCUGGAAACGCGGCUAGAGAUAACAAGAAGAACAGGAUUAUUCCUAGACAUCUUUUAUUGGCUGUAAGGAAUGAUGAAGAGCUUGGGAAGUUGUUGGCCGGAGUUACAAUUGCUCACGGUGGUGUUCUUCCGAGUAUUAACCCUGUUCUUCUUCCAAAGAAGGUUGAAAAGGCAACUAAAGAACCCAAGUCACCAUCAAAGGCUACUAAGUCACCCAAGAAGUCUGCUUAAUUAGGUUGUUUUCUUUUGUAAUUUAAACCACUGGUUUGGAGAUGUAACUAGGUAUGACCGAUGUUCUUAGGGUUCUUAAUUCGAUUCAAUGGUUAUGGUUCAACUCACUUUUAUUA